AUUGCUCGUACAGCAGCGGCUGUCAGAGCGAUGCAUUGUGGGGGAUGUAGUUUUGUGCCCCUUUGCGCCAAGGUUUUUUUUUUUUCUUGAGAGGCCCUUCCUGGCCGUAAGUGUACGGCUGGCCGGUGCCAGUCAGUGCUGAAAGCAGAUGGACUGAGCCGUGUAAGAAUCACAUGCUGAGUUGUUCAGUUGUAGAAGAAUGGAUGCUCCCUGGCGUCAGGCUGGCAGAGGAAGAGCCAGAGGCCGUGCUACAUCUGUCAAUGGUGGAUCAUUCCAGGCACCAGGCCCCAUAUCAGCAUCAAACAGAAAUACAUCUUACCCUAGAGCAGUCCACACUGAUGGAAAUGGUGCUCAAAGGCCUGGCACUGGACGGGGAAAUGCUUAUGCUUCAGCCAGCAAACCAGUCACCAGCGAAAAUUUAAAACGUGAAACUAAUGAGGAAAAUUCUAAAAAGAAGUUUGAAGAAAUCCAGAAAGCUAAUCAAGCAGCGGUUAAAAAGCUUGCAGCGGAUCAUUAUAGUUCAUCAGAUGAUGAGGAUGGCGAUGAAGAUGCAGAAGGAAAGCAGAAAAAGAUACUGGCUUUAACCUUUACAUCUUAUACCAGUCAAACAGAUGGAGACCUUAGCGAGUUAGCCCGUACCCAACAAUAUGUAAACGAGGCUUUUCAGUCUGGAGCAGUGACCUGCUUGAUCUGCAUUGCUUCUGUCAAGAGAAACCAAGCAGUUUGGAGCUGCUCUGGUUGCUAUUGUAUAUUUCACAUGCCGUGUAUACAGAAAUGGGCAAAGGACAGUGUGUUCCUUGUAUCUUCUCCUCUGACAGAUGAUGAUUUUGAUAAAAAAGAUUAUCCAUGGCCUUGCCCUAAGUGCCGCUAUGAAUAUAAACGUUCUGAGACCCCCAGUAGGUAUUACUGUUAUUGUGGGAAAGUGGAAGACCCUCCCUUGGACCCAUGGCUGGUACCUCAUUCAUGUGGGCAAGUUUGUGAAAGAGAAUUUAAACCUUCAUGUGGCCAUAAAUGCCUGUUGUUAUGCCAUCCAGGCCCAUGCCCACCAUGCCCAAAGAUGGUCACUGUAACUUGUUUCUGCCAGAAGGCUAAGCCAGUCCCUCGAAGAUGCAGUGCCAAAGAGUGGUCUUGUCAGCAGCCUUGCAGAAGGACACUAAUGUGUAAACAGCACAAGUGUGAAAACCCUUGUCAUAAAGGAGAGUGCCUGCCUUGCCCACAAGUAAGCAAGCAAAAAUGUUUGUGUGGAAGAAAUGUAGCAGAAAGACCAUGUGCAAGUCCAACCUGGCAGUGUGAGAAGGUCUGCGGCAAAACACUGCCAUGUGGUAACCACACCUGUGAGAAGAUCUGCCAUGCUGGCGCAUGUGGACAGUGUCCUCGUUCAGGAAAUCGCCUGUGUCCUUGUGGAAAAUCAAAGUAUACCUUACCUUGUACUGAAGAUGUCCCUACAUGUGGAGACAGCUGUGACAAACCUCUAGAGUGUGCACUUCAUAAAUGUUCACAGAGAUGCCACCGAGGUCCCUGUGAGACUUGCAGACAGGAGGUUGAAAAACAGUGUCGAUGUGGAAAGCAUGCAAAAAGAAUGCCUUGUCACAAGCCAUAUCUGUGUGAAACUAAGUGCUCUAAAGUUCGGGAUUGCCAGAGACACCAAUGCAAGAGAAAGUGCUGUCCUGGGAACUGUCCUGGAUGUGACCAACAAUGUGGACGUUCCCUAGGUUGCCGGAAUCACAAGUGCCCCUCUAUUUGCCACAGAGGCAGCUGCUACCCAUGCCCAGAGACAGUUGAUGUGAAGUGUAAUUGUGGUAAAGCUGUGCUGAAGGUGCCUUGUGGAAGAGAACGUACAACCAAGCCACCGAGGUGCAAGGAGGUUUGCAGUUGUCCACCUACUUGCCACCAUGAGGUCAGAGAGCGGCACAGAUGUCACUUUGGCCCCUGUCCUCCUUGUCGGCAGACUUGCCAGAAUAUUCUGAAGAAGUGUGGCCAUUUGUGUCCUAUCCCUUGCCAUGAUGAAGCACUUGUCAAGCAGAAAGGCCUGCCUCAGCCAGCAGGUCCUUGGGAACAACCUAGCGAGCCAGCCUUUAUUCAAACAGCCCUACCCUGUCCUCCUUGCCAAGUACCUAUUCCAACAGAAUGUCUUGGAAAACAUGAGAUAAGCCCCUUGCCGUGCCAUGCAGCAGGUCCUUUCUCCUGUAAGAGACCAUGUGGCCGGCUGCUUGCAUGUGGCAACCACACUUGCUCAAGAGAAUGCCAUAAAGUCACAGAUGUUAAUGGCAACAAGGAAAAGGCUGGCCUAGAAUGUGUUGUGUGUGAGGAAGAAUGCACCAAGCCUCGGCCACCUGGGUGUCCUCAUCAGUGCAACUUACCGUGUCAUCCAGAUGACUGUCCGUCCUGUGUACAAAUGGUCAGAACUAAGUGUCACUGCAAGAUCAGCAAUCUUUUCAUCGAAUGCACGAAAUUAUCUAUGGCUGAUGCUAAAGAAAAGAACAAUUUGACUUCAUGCAAAAAUCAAUGUCCUAAAGAGUUGCCCUGUGGGCACCGAUGCAAAGAGAUUUGCCACCAAGGGAAUUGUUCUCCUUAUUGCAUUCAGAAAGUAAAACUCCGCUGUCCUUGCAGAAGAAUUAAAAAGGAGAUGCCUUGUAACUCUGUGCGUGAAGGUCACAUUUCGCUAGAAUGUGAUUCUGUUUGCCUGGAUAUGAGGAAAAAAGCUGCAGAGAUAAAAGCCGAAGAAGAAAAGGCAGCUACUGAGCAAGAAAGACUCAGACAGCAGGCUGAACUGGAAGCCUUUGAAAACAGGCUGAAAGGAAAACGGAGAAAGAACAAGCGUAAAGAUGACGUGGAGGUCCAGCCGACGGCAUGGCAGAAAUACAAGAAAUACAUAUUCAUGCCUGUCUGCGGAAUCGCUCUUGCUGUAUUGACGCUAUAUUUCACUCAAGUUGAUGUGUAACUGUCUAUUAAACAGAAAGUUUGCCUCUAACUUUAAGUAUGUUGUAGAUGGACCUAUUCUAAACAAACUGCAGUUGGUAUUUAUUUUUGACAGUUUUUGAAUUAUUAGUCUUCUUAUUUUGCCUCUCUGUAGGUUGCAAAAAAUAUCUCUCUGUGGUUCUUGGGGCCCUCCUUAUACUGAUUUGAAAAAAAGAUAUCUGUGACACUACAGUUUUAUUGUUCUCAUUUUGUAUGGUAUUUUAUACAGACCCUGGACUAGUCAUCUUUCCUUUUAACUUCCAAACUGAAGACUGGUUGCUAAGGUAACUAAGCCCUAGCAGCUAGAAAGCAGUUUAAAGUCAAAGACUGGUAAAUUAAGAAAAAAGAGGCAGAGGUGCAAAAAAAAUAAAAACAAAGAUUUUAAAUUGUCUUAAAAUAUUACUAUCUACACUAUGGGAUCCACCCCCUUUUAGGUUUCUUAUUGGGUUCCAUAAAUUGCUGUAUAUGCUUCUAGAAUAUUUCCUUUUCUGUAUAGGCAACCACAAGCCCCAAAAGGAAAAAAAAGUUUGGCUAGCAUAAUCAGUUUGUCCAGUUUGUCCGAAGGGGCUAAUGCUUCAGAGGUUUCAUUUGAUUGCCAUAUUAAACUGUGCCCUGUUGUGGGUCUUCAGCCACUGGCAUUUACUAAUACAACCUCAGACAGUGGCGGAGCCGAUAAAAAUGUUACAUUUAUAAAAUUAAAAGAGGAAAAUUUGGAUAUAUAUGUCAUUUUUUAAUGUACUCUAUUCAUUAUUUUAGUAGCAUUUAUAUAUAAUUAAAAUCAUUUUAGAAAAGAGGUUUAAAAAUCAAUUAAAAAAAGAAACCUUUCUUAGUGUUGAUCCACUUUGCUACCCAACUAAUUAGCAUGUGAAUUUGUCAUUAUGGUGUCAUUCUGUUUUCAUAGGCAUGUGGUUUGUGAGAUCCACAGAGCUCAUUUUGCAAAUGCCUGUACCAAAAUAAAUCUGUCUUUAGGUAAAAUAUAGUCAAAAUGUACCUUUAA